AUGAUGCUUGGAAUCGAAGUGACACCAGAACAGGUGCUGAUCUACGGAUUUGAAAUUAUUGGGGAUUCACCUACCACGAUUACUGAUGACGACUUCAAGGAGCAUAAUAUUGGAGUUUUCAAGGCUCAUUUUGGCCAACGCCCCACUGGCCAACGCCCCAGCACUCUAUGCAUUCUCUGGCAAGACAUUUUGAAUUGUACGAACAAAGACUUGAGGCUCCGCCCAUCUGACAGGAGCAAGGAGGAGCUUAAGCGAUUGCUAGUUGCAAUCCACUCCCUUGCCUCAGCUACUGGGAUAAGCACACAAAGGGACCAAGACGACAACCUAUGGCACUGGGUGAAAGUUCUUUGA